GUAGACAAACUUUUACUGUGUAUCGUUAGUCAAUCUUUGCUCAAGAAGGUUCUAAUAAAAAUUUUGUCUUCCUCAACAUUCAAAGUGUUUGAGUCUUUUUUAUUUGUUGUUUAAAACCGGAUAAAAAAAAAUUAAUUAAAAUGCAGAAAGCGAUAGUAAUCCUGUUGGUCUUGGCCGUAGCAAUGGUAGCAGCACGUCCUCAACAAGAAGUGACAAUAGUUAAUCAAGAGGAACAUAAUAAUAUUGGAAUUGGUGGUUACCGUUUCUCAUAUGAACAAAGUGAUGGCCAAAAGCGCGAAGAGACCGCUGAAUUCUUAAACGAAGGUACUGAGAAUGAAAUAAUGAAGGUCGUUGGAAGCUUUAGUUUCGUUGGUGCUGAUGGAAAAACAUACCGAGUUGAUUAUACUGCUGAUGAAAAUGGAUUCCAACCAAAAGUAUCUCUUGCAUAAUAAUUUAAGCUAAAAAUGGAUAAAAUAUUAAGUCACACAAUUUAAAAAUAAUAUUGUUUUUUUUUUUUUACAUUCUCUUAAACUUUUGUUAAAUUUUCCUUUUUUUAUUUAAUAAAGACAUGUUCUGAGCAAUAAUUAUCAGAAA